CCAAACAAAACCAGCUUUCCCCUUCACUGCUUCAGCAAUCAGCACCACAGAGAGAAGCAAUGGCAACCACGGGCUCUUCCUCUUUCAAAACCCUUUCGAAAACCCUACUCCGCUCCUUCUCCUCAAAAUCGUCCCACCACAACAACCACCAACAGACCCACAAAUUUUUAGAACCCAACUCCUUCUUGGGAAGCUGGAAGAGCCCCAACGGCCCCAAAGACGCCGAAAAGAAACUCGCCCAGUUGCGAAGAGACUAUGCCAAGCAGGUCAAAGAUGUCCGCAAGGAAUACAUCCACGAGAUGGAGCUGUCGCGGCUGGAGAAGCUGAGGAAAGAAGAGGCCAGGAAAGAGGCUAUUAGAGUUGCCAAUGAGGAGCGGAAAAGACUUAAGGCUGAGGCUGCUAAGGUUAGAGCCCAAGAGCGUAUGAUUGCUGAAGAAGAGUUUCGACAAACCCUGUUGAAAGAAAGAGCAGAAAAGCUUGAAUAUUGGAGAACAACGCAAAAAAUACAUGAGGGUAAGAAGAAAGAGAUGAAUGAGCUACUGCACAGACAAAGUUCAAUGUGGAUUGAUGAACGUGAUUUGGAGAGGACGACACUGGCAGGCAUAGUUGAAAUCACACCCCUGUGACUUCCCUUCACUACCAAAUUUGUAACUGAUUUUGUCCAUUAUAGUCACAGAAGUAUAAAAUAAGCAGGGUUUUGUCCAUCUUUCAAGAAUUUAGUGAGUAAUGGAAAUGUUUGUGUACUGGGUCUGUCUUUGUUUGAACUUGCUUCCAUUUUUCAAGCAUUUAGUGACUAAUGGAAAUGUUUGUGUACUCGGUCUGUCUUUGUUUAAA